AUGAUUUGGAUUUAUCAGACUUUUUAUUUCAUUUUCUUACUUGCUUCAGUUUACGGUGAAUGUGUGACUCAGAUCUAUGAAAAUACAUACUUCCAAGGAGGAGACCUCUCCACAGUUUUCACACCAAGUGCCAAUUACUGUCAAAUAGUGUGUACUUACCAUCCUACCUGUCUGCUCUUCACAUACUUGCCAGUGACAUGGACUAAAGAUCCUGCAAAGAGGUUUUCCUGCUACUUAAAAGACAGUGAUACUGAAAUGUUGCCAAAAGUGGAUAUGGAAGGAGCUGUUUCUGGACAUUCUUUAAAACAAUGUAACAUCAAAAUUAGUGCUUGCAGCCCAGAUGUCCACAUAGGUCUGGAUAUGGAAGGGGAAAAUUAUGAUGUUACUGUGGCUGAGAGCUAUCAACAGUGUCAAAAAAGAUGCACCAAUGAUGACCACUGUCAUUUUUUUACGUAUGCCUCAAAAACAUUUCACAAUGCAAGCUUUCGAUUGUAAAAUGGACCUUUUUGAACAUCAAGAAUUUUCAGGAAUGAAUGUUACAAGUUUUUUCA